UCGACGAGGCCGCAGCGCCCUCCUUCCUGCACCAUGUUUUUCACCUGUGGCCCCAACGAAGCCAUGGUGGUGUCAGGUUUCUGCCGCAGCCCCCCCGUCAUGGUGGCCGGGGGUCGGGUCUUCGUCCUGCCCUGCAUCCAGCAGAUUCAAAGGAUCUCCCUCAAUACGCUGACCCUCAACGUGAAGAGCGAGAAGGUUUAUACGCGUCACGGUGUCCCCAUCUCCGUCACUGGCAUUGCCCAGGUGAAGAUCCAGGGCCAGAACAAGGAGAUGCUGGCCGCCGCUUGCCAGAUGUUCCUGGGGAAGACGGAGGGGGAGAUCGCCCAGAUCGCCCUGGAGACCCUGGAGGGCCAUCAGAGGGCCAUCAUGGCGCACAUGACGGUGGAGGAAAUCUACAAGGACAGACAGAAGUUCUCCGAGCAGGUGUUUAAGGUGGCAUCGUCUGACCUGGUGAAUAUGGGCAUCAGCGUGGUCAGCUACACCCUAAAGGACAUUCACGAUGACCAGGACUACCUCCACUCGCUGGGGAAGGCGCGCACGGCUCAGGUGCAGAAAGACGCCCGCAUCGGGGAGGCCGAGGCCAAGAGAGACGCCGGCAUCCGGGAGGCCAAGGCAAAGCAGCAGAAGGUGUCGGCGCAGUACCUGAGCGAGAUCGAGAUGGCCAAGGCUCAGCGGGACUACGAGCUGAAGAAGGCCGCCUACGACAUCGAGGUCAACACGCGGCGCGCCCAGUCUGACCUCGCCUACCAGCUGCAGGUGGCCAAGACGAAGCAGCAGAUCGAGGAGCAGCGGGUGCAGGUUCAGGUGGUGGAGCGGGCCCAACAGGUAGCACUGCAGGAGCAGGAGAUCGCCCGGCGGGAGAAGGAACUGGAGGCCCAGGUCAAGAAGCCCGCCGAGGCCGAGCGCUUCCGCCUGGAGCGACUGGCCCAGGCCGAGAGGGCCCAGCUGGUCAUGCAGGCAGAGGCCGAAGCGGAGUCCGUCAGGAUGAAGGGGGAGGCGGAGGCAUUUGCAGUGGAGGCCCGCGCCCGGGCUGAGGCCGAGCAGAUGGCCAAGAAAGCAGAGGCUUUCCAGCUCUACCAGGAGGCCGCCCAGCUCGAUAUGCUCCUGGAGAAGUUACCUCUGGUGGCCCAGGAGAUCAGUGGACCCCUGAGCUCGGCCAAGAAGAUCACCCUGGUGUCCAGCGGGCAGGGGGCCGUAGGUGCAGCCAAGGUGACCGGGGAAGUCCUGGACAUUCUCAACCUCCUGCCCGACAGCGUGGAGAGGCUGACGGGCGUCAGCAUCUCGCAGGUGAACCAACACAAGUUGGGGCUGAAGGCCUGAGCCCCCUCCCCUAGCCCAAGCAUGAGCCUGGACCCCACGAUGUGAAGUUACUCGAACCCCAGCAGCCCCUUCCUCGCUGAGCCACUGUGUGGGGAAUGGUCCCUUGCUCCUUACCCCCCUACCCCCCACCCCCUGUGCCUUGCCGGGGACUGCGCACGGCACCCCCCGCCCUACCAGGGCCCGCCGUGUCCAACUCAAAUUAAAGAUGUCCUGUGCCUGA